CUCUUCCGCCCCCUUCUCCUACCCAUCUGAAGUCCCAGGCUGGAGUACGCGUGCGCCUGCUCCGCUCCCGGGCCAGCGAGAGCGUGGGUUAGUACCCAGCUCCCCAAACCCCGCCUGCUCUUUCUUUACCUACCGGCAGUCUCUGGUCCGGUGGGCUUGCAGGGAGUCGGUCGCGCGCGCACGCGCGUACGACGCGGAGCGGAGCCCGAGACAUCCUGGGGGGGUGUAAGAAGCAUCGGAGGAGGCUUUAGAGGAGGAGGAGGCGGUGUGUGUAUACGUGUGUGUUCGCCUGUGUGGCUCCUUGAGGGGUGAUCGGAGGCUUAAGAGGGCGAGGAAGAAGCGAAAAGAGAUUCUCCGAGACCCUCUAAUCUGGUUGCUAUGGAGAUGACCAUAUGAAAGGAAGUCCAUUCUUAUAAUUCUGAUACCUGAGAUGUAUCUGGACUAAACAGUGGAACAGAAAAAAUUUUAGUGCCAACCUUAAUAACAAUGGCUACUGAUUCAGGGGGGCCAGCUAGCACAGAAGAUUCUGAGAAACCUGAUGGAGUUUCAUUGAAAGACAGAGUUCCUCAGGAUGCAGCAACUUUAACAGUGGAAGCUAGACUAAAAGAAAAAAACAGUACCUUCUCUGCUUGUGGAGAAACUAUAGAAAGGAAGAGAUUCUUCCGAAAGAGUGUAGAGAUGAUGGAAGAUGACAAAGCUGCUGAAUCUUCCUCCAAAGAUGAGAGAAUGAAGACUGCACCAAAUAUUCCAAGAGUAGAAAAUCUUCCUACAAAUGUGCUAAGAGGUGGUCAAGAAGUUAAAUAUGAACAGUGUUCAAAGGCAACGUCAGAAUCAUCAAAAGAUUGUUUCAAGGAGAAAUAUGAAAAGGAAAUGGAAGAAGAAGCAGAAAUGAAGGCUGUAGCUACUUCUCCUAGUGGCAGAUUCCUGAAAUUCGACAUAGAGCUGGGAAGAGGAGCAUUUAAAACAGUAUAUAAAGGACUGGACACUGAAACUUGGGUUGAGGUUGCCUGGUGUGAGCUACAGGACCGGAAAUUAACAAAAGCUGAGCAGCAAAGGUUCAAGGAAGAAGCAGAGAUGUUAAAGGGUCUCCAACACCCCAAUAUAGUUCGAUUUUAUGAUUCCUGGGAGUCUACAUUAAAAGGAAAGAAAUGUAUUGUUUUGGUGACUGAACUUAUGACAUCAGGAACCUUGAAGACGUACUUAAAACGAUUUAAAGUCAUGAAACCAAAGGUCUUAAGGAGCUGGUGCAGGCAAAUUUUAAAGGGGUUGCAGUUCUUGCACACCAGGACACCUCCUAUUAUUCACCGGGAUCUGAAGUGUGACAAUAUUUUCAUCACGGGACCCACUGGAUCUGUGAAGAUUGGUGAUCUAGGACUAGCCACCUUAAUGCGCACGUCAUUUGCUAAGAGUGUCAUUGGGACUCCUGAGUUUAUGGCCCCGGAGAUGUAUGAAGAGCACUAUGAUGAAUCUGUAGAUGUCUAUGCUUUUGGAAUGUGUAUGCUGGAAAUGGCUACUUCAGAGUACCCUUAUUCUGAAUGCCAGAAUGCAGCUCAAAUAUACCGUAAAGUAACUAGUGGCAUAAAACCAGCCAGUUUCAAUAAAGUCACUGAUCCUGAAGUGAAAGAAAUCAUUGAAGGAUGUAUUUGUCAAAACAAAUCUGAAAGGUUGUCUAUCAGGGACCUACUAAACCACGCAUUUUUUGCUGAGGAUACAGGACUGAGGGUGGAGUUAGCAGAGGAGGAUGAUUGCUCAAAUUCAUCCCUGGCUUUAAGACUCUGGGUUGAAGACCCUAAAAAACUGAAAGGCAAGAACAAAGACAAUGAAGCUAUUGAAUUCAGUUUCAAUUUAGAAACAGAUACACCUGAGGAAGUAGCAUAUGAAAUGGUCAAGUCAGGAUUCUUCCAUGAAAGUGAUUCCAAAGCUGUUGCUAAGUCCAUUAGAGAUCGGGUGACUGUGAUAAAGAAGACAAGGGAGAAGAUACCAGCUGGCUGUCUGGAAGAACGCAAGGAUUCCCAGUGCAAGUCUGCAGUGAAUGUACUCCCUCAGCACCAGAAUACAACUUUGCCCCCUGCUCCUGCUCAGCAAACUGGGGCUGAAUGUGAAGAAACUGAAGUUGAUCAGCAUGUUCGACAACAGCUUCUACAAAGAAAACCACAGCAUCACUGCUCAUCUGUUACAGGUGACAAUUUGCCUGUGGCAGGAGCUGGAUCUUUGGUACACUCAGAUACUUCAAGUCAUCCCACUGUAGCCUACUCCUCAGACCAGAAGAUGGGCUCUCAAAUGGUUUCUAACAUCGUGCAGACUGAAACAAAUGUUCCAGGGAAAAAUUAUCCCUCCCAGCAGCUAGUAGGACAUUACCAGCAGAUUUCAGGGUUGCAGAAGCAGCCAAAGCUGACUCAGCCCCAAAUUUUGCCUUUGGUUCAAGGUCAGUCUACUAUUUUUCCUGUACAUGUCCUUGAACCUCCAGCUGUCUCACAACCCCAGGUUUCCCCAUUAACUGUUCAGAAGUUCUCACAGAUAAAGCCCGUAUCCCAACCAGUUAGAGUUGAACAACAAGCAACUUUUCUAAAACCGGAUUUAGUUCGCAGUAGUUUGAAUCAUGAUGUAGCAGCUGUGAAGGAAAGCACCAAUACCACUGAUAACCCAAGUGGAAAUGGCAAACAAGAUCGGAUCAAACAGAGAAGAGCUUCCUGUCCUCGACCUGAGAAGGGGACUAAAUUCCAACUUACUGUCCUUCAGGUGUCAACCUCUGGAGACAACAUGGUGGAGUGUCAACUAGAGACACACAAUAACAAGAUGGUCACCUUCAAGUUUGAUGUUGAUGGUGAUGCACCAGAAGAUAUUGCAGACUAUAUGGUUGAAGAUAACUUUGUGCUGGAAAGUGAGAAAGAAAAAUUUGUAGAAGAGUUGAGGGCUAUCGUAGGUCAAGCCCAAGAGAUCCUUCAUGUCCACUCUACUGCAGAAAGAACCACUGCAGUUGACUCUGUUACCAUGGAAUCCAACAGUAGCCAAACAGGAUCAUCUGAACAAGUACAGAUAAAUUCUGCAUCCACUCAAACCAGCAAUGAAUCUGCUCCUCAGUCAUCCCCAGUUGGUCGGUGGCGAUUCUGUAUCAAUCAAACAAUAAGAAAUCGUGAGGCUCAGUCUCCCCCUUCUCUUCGGCAGUCCAUGUCUACACUUCCUGGGCUACAUCUGCUUUCUGGUCCAAGAAACACAAGUUAUAAGGAAAAAUCACAGGACACACUGCCCACUCUAGAAAAUAAUCCAUGCCACCGUGCACUUUUCACCUCCAAAUCAGAACGCAAGGAUGUAGUUGAUGGUAAGAUUUCUGAAUAUGCCAGUGUAGAAACUAAGCAGCCAGGUGUACUUUAUCAACUGGAAGGUGACAGGCAGCUAAUGGCACCACUUGCUAGUAGUUCCAGUUACACUGCUACUUCAGUUCGUGCAGUUCCAGUUGAAUGUGAGGGACUCGCCAAUCAAGCAGGCAUAUUUCUGCCAGUGCAUCCAUGUCAUCAAACUGCCAGUCUGGCUGAUGUACUUCUGGUUCCUCCUGGCGAGUCAACUCAGAUUGCUGGUAGCUCUCUUACAACUCCGGCAUUUGUGUCUGAUCAAAAGCCUCAAUCCUUAUCAGUACAGCAGCCAACUGUGGAUGCAGAGUUUAUUUCCCAAGGAGAAACCACAGUGAACACUGAAGCAAGUUCUCCUAAGAUGGUCAUUACCACUCAGACCCACAGCCUUGAACCAACUACCCUUCUGUCCACUACUAUCCUGGAAUCAGAUGGGGAAAGACCUCCAAAAAUGGAGUUUACAGACAACCGAAUUAAAACUCUGGAUGAAAAAUUAAGAAACUUGCUCUAUCAAGAGCAUAGCUUAUCUAGCCUGUAUCCUGAGAGUCAGAAGGAUACCCAAAGCAUAGACUCUCCAUUUUCUUCCUCUAUUGAAGAUACACUUUCGUGUCCAGUGCCAGAAGUCAUAGCCAUCAGUCACAGUGGAAUUCAAGAUAGUUCUACACAGUCACCUAAUUUUCAGCAGAUAGGCUCUAAGAUUCUGUCCAAUGUGGCUGCGAGUCAGCCUGGUAACAUAUCAGUAUUCAAAAGGGACCUGAAUGUGAUAACUUCUGUGCCCAGCGAAUUAUGUUUACAUGAGAUGUCCCCAGAUGCUUCACUUCCAGGGGAUCCAGAGGCCUAUCCUGCUGCUGUGUCAAGCGGUGGAGCCAUUCAUCUGCAGACAGGAGUGGAAACAGAAGAUUUAAGAUCAGCAGUUGCUCCUGAUCCCAUUCCUCUGACAGGAGAGUCCACAGCUGAUACUAGGGCUUUGAGUAGAUGUAAAGCAAUGAGUGGAUCAUUUCAGCGGGGGCGGUUUCAGGUGAUUACAGUUCCUCAGCAGCAGUCAGUGAAAGUGACAUCAUUUGGAAUCGAAUACAUACGAGCAUUCAAUAAAGUGACAAGCCAUUCUAGUGAAGAAGCUCUAGCCAUUACUGAAGUAGCAAAGUCUCAGUUGGUAGAAAUAGAACCUGCCACACACCAUCCACAAACUUCAUUUUCUUAUCAGAAAUUUCAAGCUCUUCACGAAACCUUUAAAGAAGAUAAAAGGAUUCCCCAACAAAUAGACAACUUCUCGUCUUUCAGCACAACUUGUGAGACUGAUCUAUCUUUGAUGACCCCAGAGAAUAAAUUGGAAGAAAAUUCAGCCACAGAAAGUAGCAUGCAGUCUGGAUAUGAACUGUUGCUUAAAGAGAGAAAGAUACUUACUGCUGGGAAACAGGCUAGCUCUGAUAAUGAAUUUUUAGCCACUCCUGCUGGCAGAGGGAAGUCAGUGGCAAAGACUGGUCUAGAGAGUGAUCAGUGUCUACCACUCCAUGAAGAAAAAGCCUAUGCUCAAACACCAAGCUCACUCUUCUAUUCGCCAUCUUCCCCAAUGAGUAGUGAUGAUGAGUCAGAAAUAGAGGAUGAGGACUUGAAGGUGGAGCUUCAAAGAUUACGAGAAAAACACAUUCAGGAGGUGGUAAAUCUUCAAACCCAGCAGAAUAAGGAGCUGCAGGAGCUCUAUGAACGCCUUCGAGCAAUUAAAGAUAGCAAAAUCCAAUCAUCAGAGAUUCCUCUGCUACCUUCAUCACCACGCAGACCAAGAUCUUUCAAAAGCAAACUUCGCAGCCGCCCCCAGUCCUUGACACAUGUGGACAGUGGUGCAGCUGCUACAGAUCCAUUGUGUGUAGAGACUAAUGCAGCAUCAUGCCAGCAAUCUCCAGCUAGUAAAAAAGGGAUGUUCACAGAUGACCUACACAAACUGGUGGAUGACUGGACAAAGGAAACAGUCGGAAAUUCUCUUAUUAAGCCAAGUUUAAACCAACUUAAACAGAGUCAACACAAACAAGAGACAGACAACUGGAACAGAACAUAUGAAAAUACUACAUCUACUAUGGGAUACACAUCAACAUGGAUUUCUUCUCUGUCCCAAAUACAUGGAGCUGUCCCAACCUCCUUGCCACAAGGACUCUCACUCCCUUCAUUUCCUGGGCCAUUAUCAUCAUAUGGAAUGUCCCAUGUUUCUCAGUUUAAUGCUGUGGGGGGUCCAGCGUAUCCAGUACAGUGGGUAGGAAUUUCAGGAACACCACAACAGUCUAUAGUAAUUCCUACCCAAUCUGGGGGACCAUUCCAGCCAGGGAUGAAUUUUCAGGUGUUUCCAGCUUCCUCAAUGCAGAAUCCAUCCACAAUUCCACCUGGUCCCAAAUGAAUCAGAGUAGAUGAUGAAGAAAAGGGACAUUUUUUUCAGAAUAAUUUUCAGGACGCCUAAGACAUUAAAGUUCUUCUUGGGUUCUGCCAUAUUUUCCCUCAUUUGAGUUGACUUUCCACUGUAUUUUGUUGUUAUUCCAAUGUGGUAUUUGAUAUAGCUCAUCAUUCUGUUGAACUGUGCAGUUUGUACAUAGAAUACUGCAUACAGAAAUGUUUUUCACUUCAAAUCUAUCCUCUUUGAUACUUGAUUUUUUAAAAAUACUCUUCAGAAUGCUUUAAUAAGCUCAGCUUGAGCAUUACCAUUUCCAGGACACCUUCCGUGAAUUGCUAAGAAGGCCCCAUUUUUUACUGCUGCUAUGUGCAGCUUGAUGAUACUUUUAUUUAGAAUGUAUAAAUACUAUUUACAUUGAUAUUCCUCAAACAUGAACGAAAGUGAGACCCUCCAACAGCCUGAAUCUUAUGGGAUUCUUCACACAUUUAUCUUAGAUUUACCAUUCACAGAAGGCAGAGUAACUUACUGCAGGAAGCAUUUUGGUAUAUAAAAUUAGAGUAACUUUGUCAACCAAUGUAGACCAUAAGCCAUUUUUAAUGUGACUUUCUUCCCGUCACAGCAGUAGGAGUGAAGCCUUGUUUUAGCUGAGGCGGAGAGAAAGGAAAAAAACAGAACUGUAACAGUUCCUUGAUUCUGCAGGUACUGUAGCUGCUUUGGGAUUUCGAUAGUAAUUCAAAGCAGCUAUCUCCUUGUUUCUCAUGUGCACAAUACAUUGUUUUUGAGCAUCUGAGAGGCAUUGGUUUGGCUUGCAUUCUUUUGCAAGGGGUAUACUGCAACUGACAUGAAUCUCAUUUUGGGGGAAUCUUUGUAUUCCUAACUAAGAGCAUUCAAGUUACACCUCUGUCCAUUCUUCUGAAGUGAAAUUUACUUGACACAGGUUUUGCAGGUUUUUUGAGACUUAUACAUGAAACACUGGCUUUACAGGCUUCUGAGUGAUGUGGGGUGGGGUAUACACUGUCCUGCAGUGAGAUAGUAGACCCUCGAAGGAUACUAUUUAAGUUGCCCUCAACUUUGUUUUUGCAUUACCAUUUUUUUUAGCCAUUAUAAUUUCUUGUUAAUAUCUAUAGCAUCUUAGAUGGUUUUGGAACUUAGAUUAUUUUGGCAGCCUCUUUAGAAUCUGAGAGACAUCACUGUCAAAUUGCACUUUACUGGGUUUUAUUCAGUCUUUGGAGGAGGGGAGGCAAUGUCAAAAUAUACACUUCGGUUUUCAAAAAGGUUAACUGUAAUAAUCUUAAAAGGCUGGUCACAGAGUUAUCUAAUGCUCAGUCUGUGAAACCCAAAUAGAAUUCUUAAAUGGGGUUUAUCAACUACUACAUAUACAUGGUAAAAAUACCCACUUUCCCCUCUGAAGAUUUCAAGGUUGUUUCUGGUACACAUUUACCUAAUAAUGAGUUCUGUCUACUGGUAAACAUUCCAAAUUAUCACCCAACAUUUCUGUUAACAGAUUUUCCUCCUUAUUGUGCUAAAACUUUACCCCAUGAGCUUGCCAGGUAAUGAGAAAAACUUAAUGGAUAUAUAUAUAUAUAUAUAUGUAUGUAUUUUUUUUUUGCACAGUCUACUUUGCAACAUUCAGUACCCUUUUUCAAAAAAUACAUCUUAUAUUGCUUACCUGAGGCUCACACUCACCAUUGCAAAGAUUCUGUUGCUAUCAUUUGGGGCAUCUAGGGCAGCAUUUUUGAGAACUGCUGUUGAUAAAAGCCACAGUUUUUUUUUAAUAAAACGUACUCUGUUUUAGAUGAGUCUUUCUAAAUCUUAUGUACAGAUUCUUCAAAUUUUUUCUACAGUAUUGGUUUGCAAAUUGCAGUGCUUUUAGGAUGUUAGUGUAAGACACAUGCUUGCAUUGCAGUGUUUCCCAUGUGUACAGAAACAAUGCACCUGAAAUCCAUAAUUCUUUAAAACUGCUCGUGUUUCAUUAUAAAAGUUGACUUUGUAUAAUUACAUUGAGACUUAACAACCUCUGAAGUGAAAAUAUUGCAGGUCUUAAGAUCCCUUGUGCUCUAGUGGCAAUCCUUUUAAACAGUGUAUCCCCGGAUGAAUAAAGCCCCAUGGAUGACAUGCACAAUUACAUUUAUUAAUGGCUGCUCUGUCCUAUGUCCCACAUUUUGCCACUAUCUCUGUUUUAUGUAUAAUUCAUCAUCUGUUUGCCUGCAGACUUUUGCAGUGCCUUGUAAUAUUUAGAAUCUUUUCAGAUUUUUUGCUGGAAAGAAAAAUAUUCUUCUAAAGUUUGAAGAUGGUGAAUAGUAUACUGCUGCCUCCAUGCUGACUGCAGUAGUUGGGUUAACAUAAGUUAUAUAUACAAUAUGUAUAUGUAACGUGUAAAUUUAAAAAUACAGAAAAAGGUGAGUGUGCAGAAAUGAAGAAAGCAGUGUUAUUCACAUCACUGUGGCUUUUUAUUUAUUUUUUCCCAUUAAAUAUUUGAUUCAAAUAAUAGUGACUGACUGUAAAUAUUGGCUAGUUUUCUACCUAGGGGUUUUACAUUAUUUCAUGAUUUUGCUAACUCAUAUAAUAGUGCUGUUUUCAUCCUUGCUGAGGUACUUUUCCUCCCCAGAAAUAAAUAAUUCUUGAGGCAAAGCUCAGAAAUUCCCUUCUUACUUAACAAAGAGCCUACUAUAUAGUAAGGGCCUUCUAGCCAUUUCCCAAAAAAUACACAAACCUGUCCUUUUCAUUUUCCUUCUUACGGAAGAGAGAGAUUGUACUAAACCAUCCUGCUUGUAAAGUUUAUUUGGGGGGUAGUCUGUAUAUCCAACCACCAUAUAUACUUCUCAAAGUGCAAGUCUAAUGAAUAGUACUGUAUCUCUGUAUGUGGCAAUGUGAGCAUUUCAUCAUGAAGUAUGUGCUGCUAUGUUUGUGAAGUUGGGUGUAACAUCAUAAGAAUAUGAAACCAGUAUUGGUGUAAAUCUAAUGAAAAUAAUCCUAUGUAUAUUUGUAGCAGUCUUGAAUCUCUAUUUAAGGUAAUUUGUUGUAAUAUAACAAAUAUUCAUUCUGUUUUUCAUCCUUGUCAGUUUUAUAUCAAGCAUGAAUUCUAAUGGUCCGACAGCAAAAUUAUCUGUGAAAGUUUAAAAGGCACUUUUCCGCUGUGAUUUCUGGAUUGAGUGUGGCGUGUUUUGUACAGAAUGAUGGGAUGUAUCAUUUUAGAACCCCAGAUUUAAUCCUGGUCCAAUUACUUUUAUUUAUCUACCUCGUUUUUAGUGCUGUUUUGGGGUGCACAAGUAAACACUGACUGUGAAACUUGAUUUUUUGCCUUGAUUCUCAGUAUUCUUUCAGGUUAUAAAUCUGACCUUCCUCCUCAUCCCAAUGCUAACUGAGUUUGAGAUGAGAAGGACCAUCACUUUGCCACCAAUCUGUGUUUUAAGUGACAAGAGCCAUGUGCCUCUGCAAAAUAAGCUUUUUGGGAAUGGAGAGCAGAGAAAUAAAUACAGCUGGUGGCAAUAUAGGGCUUAGUUGUAGGAUUUAUUUGUAAACAAACUUUAAGAAAGUAACCUAAAUUAGUCCAGUGCCUGUAACUUUGUAUCUUUUAUUAGAGAUGCAUUUCUCAUCUGUGUGCCUAAAGGGUUAUGGGUUGAAAUUGCUUUAACUACUACAAUGAAAUAUUCAACAAAUCCUACAGUAGUCUGUCAUUCAGCAUAUUAGCAUACUGCUAAGUAUUCACAGUAUUUUGUUACCUUAAAAUGACUGUAUUCUUUAUCUGAAUUGUCCUUGGUGGUAACCAUCAAUCUCUACAGUUAAUUGGAGCCAUUAACUCUCUUUGCUGUCUUUCCUGAGUGAUGAAAAUGAUGCAUUCCUUUGUUUUCCCAGAAGACUCAGCUAAUGUUUGUAAACUACAUGUUCCUUAUUUCACAUGUUUACUGUGUGUAACACUACAGCAUAUUUAAUGUUAGUAAAUACUGUAUUUCAGGCUUCAUUCAAAAGUACAUUCCUGAGGUAUGUUUGCCAUCACUUUGGGGUUCAGUUAUUUAAUAUUCUGUUUGAUUCAGAAAAUCGAGCUAUUUGAGGUGGUUUGCAGGCCAUUUUCUAGAAUAGAUUGUUCAUUUUUCAUUCUGUAGUUUUUGGGGACUUGUUUUUCCCCCUUUAUUUAGAAGAUGAACCAGAAAGGGGUUGGGAAGUAGCAAAGGCCACUGAUUUGGUAAAUGUAAUUUCUGGGAUUCAAAUUAAAAAAAAUAAUAACCCAGACGUAAAAAGGUGACACUCAUACUUAUAAAAUCCUUCGAAAUGAAAUUAGUAUUAAAUUUUUAUGGAGCCAGAUGCUUUCAGGUCACCCUGGGAAGAGUCUUUGUAUGUGAAGGAUAAAUGCAAACAUUGGUCAGGGUCCUUGACAGCCAACAUAGGCAGGAGUCUGGGAUAGUAACUAGGUUACACCGAAGGUAUUUUCAAACAAGAUAGCCAGAAGAGUGCACAAAGAGCUUCCAUUCUAGAAGGUUCUCUUUUAAUUAAAAAACAAACAAAAAGGCUAAAAGUCAAGCAAGAAGGGAAGAGAAAAACUGGGCUUUUGAGAAAAAAUCGUGCCAGUGUAAAAUAAACUCCUGAAUGUGUGCUUGUCGUCCUUCCCAGUUUUUAAGUUGCAUUUCUUUUCCGCUAUAAUUUAAGAUUUCAGAUUGAGGUUUGUGGUCCAGACAUACCUUCAGCAGAAAUGUGACUGAUUGGAAAGUGCAGUUGUUCAAGGUCUGUCAUGCUCAAUCAUUUAAAACUGUCAUUUGUUCGAUAUGAAUAUUAAGCAUGUAGACCUAGUGCAGCAUGGGAUCCACUCAGGAAGUUUAUGCAAUUAAUAAACUUUCAUGCAUAAUUUACUAUGAAGUAUGCAGAAUUUCAGCCACUUCUCUACAUUUAACAUUUAGUUGUAAAUGUGAACUCUCCUUUCUUAAUUGGGGAAUGUAGCAUUAUAUAGAAUGUUGUUAAACUUAAUUUUUAAUCCUUCCUGACAUUAACUUUUUGUUAUUGUUGUUGUUUGUUUAUUUGUUUUUUGUUUUUGUUUUUUUGGUAAACCAAGUGAUCUGCCUUUAAGCAGUUGUUUGAUUUUGGUUCUUUGAAACUGUGAUUUUUAUUUCCUUUGUACCCAACCAUUGUAUUUCAUUUUGUUUUCUGGAAUUUUGUUUUGAAACAGAAA